AUGUUCACCAUAGGAAUAUUUAAUUUUAAUAUUGAUAGUACAAGCGACAAUCGAAAUUACGUUAUUGAUGCAAAUGCAAUAUUUGAUGCUUUAAAACAAACUAAAAUUCUUGAAGCUGAACAUGAACAACAAUAUCAAUUAACUGCUAUUAUACUUCAUUGGAAACGUUUAUCAAGAGUGCAACUAGCAGUUCAACACUAUGUUAGCACCAAAUAUUUUAAAGAAAUUAUUAUUUGGAACAAUAAUCCAGAAAUCAAUCUUACUCUCAAUGAAAUUUCGACAAGUAAUCAAUCAAACGGUUUGAUUCGUAUUAUUAAUUCUUAUGUGAAUAUGUAUGAUGAAGCAAAAUAUCAAGCGUGUGCUGAAGCUAAAACGUUAGUUUGCUUUUAUGCUGAUGAUGAUUGGAAUACAUCUCAUUAUAUAAAAACACUUAUUGCUAGUUUUCGAUCAGAUCCAAAUGUUUUGCAUUCAGUGACGAAUGUUGUUACAUAUUAUAACAAUCUGUUGUGGACAUUUAUGGAUUCUCGGAUUGAUUUACAUACAGGAUUUUCAUGGAUUGGUUGUGGAAGUCUUUUUCUACGUGAACAUGCUCAACGACAUCUUCAAUUACUUAGAAUGCAUUUGCAGACUAAUCCAGAAUUACUUGCAUUCAGUGAUUUAUUUUUUUCUAUUUGGCUCAAUGAUAUUCCAUCACAAUUGAUAGUAGAUCUUGUUUCAUCACCAACAGAUAUUAAUGAGACUGAUAUGGCAUUUUCAUCUAAAAAGGAUUUUUAUUCUUUACAACACACAAGUUCUGUUCUAGCUAUUCGUAAACUUGAAUAUUCGCUACGUUUAAAUCAACUAACGAUGAAUGUUGGUUUUCCUCGAAAGCAAAACCGCCGAUUUCCAUAUUCUACUAGAUCACCUAGUUCUAAAGAUGAUUUUAUAUUCUACAGCAAUGUUUUACCUGUUGAUAUUGAAAAUAUUCCAUUUGAUAUUACAUUAGAUCCAGAUAGAGCAACAUAUCGAAACGUUCCUCAUGGUCCGAAUUAUACGCAUUUUGUUAACUAUAAUACAUUGAAAGCAGUUGAUAAUGAUGAACAAACAUGUUGGCGUCCAAAUGGAUUUGUGAAGAAGGGUGACUUUUUUGCUAUUGACUUUUUACGUAUACAAUCUCACAUUGUAUUUUCACUAAUUAUUGGUCAUAGUGAACGUUUACAGAGUAGUCUUAAAAUGCAAGUAUCAUUUGAUGGUAUAUGGUGGAUAUCACAUCGAUCUUUCAAACGUAUUUUUAUGAAUGGUAAUCGAAUGUCUGUUACAAGUUUUCAAAGGUUCGUCAUCGAUUCAAGACAGUUUCCUUCUGAACUACAAUCAUUUCGUUAUGUUACAUUCAAUGCAACGCAGUCAUCGAAUGAACCAUUUCAAGUAUGUGAUGUGCAAAUCAUAAAUAGUUUCAAUAUUAAUCGAAAAUAA